CAGCAAUUUUUUUUGUCUUUGGUAACCUACUAAAACAUUGUUGGGUGAAUUAUUCGUAAUUUUUUAUUUAUUAAAACAAUUCGUAAUGGAAAACGCCGAAGAAGUAUUUCAUUUUCUAGAAGAGUUCUCAAAACGUAAGCCAAAAACUAUUCCACAAGAACUGAACGAGUAUUUAGCGUAUGUUGCGCGUACCGGGGACCCCGUGUAUCAGUGGUCCAUUGUGAAGAGUUUGUUCAAAGAAAAGCUCCUCAACGUAAUUACCGACUUCUACGAAACGAACCCAGGUAUUGAAAUUCCUCCGUAUCCUAACGUAGACCCUUUUAAUUACGAUACAAUGAAAAAUAGCUUGAUAGAAAAACUGGAUUCUUUUCAUUCAGCUCCGUUUACAGUUCAAAGAAUUUGUGAACUGCUUACUUACCCGCGAAAGCAGUAUAAUCGCAUUGAUAAAUUUAUGAGGGCUAUAGAAAAGAAUAUAUUAGUUGUAAGUACUAGAGAACCCGGGCAUCAGCGUCAUCCUGAGCCAGAAAAUGGCGAACCCAUGGAACCAAUCGUCAAUGGUUCCGAUAAUAAUUCAGAGUACAAUGUUGAUGUGGAAAUGGAAGAUAUGUCUUGGAAAGAUAGCUCUGACUCACGAGUGAACUCUGAACCACAACCAAGUUCAUCUGAUGCACACAUUUCUGUAGAUGAUUUGGAAGCACGGCUUCAUUCUAAACAGGAAAGCUCUAUGGACACCCAAACCAAAGUUUCACCACAAUAUGAGUCAGUUACACCGCCAGAAUUGAACCUCAAUGACAGUCCCGAUGAUUCAAUUCACCAAAUUAAAGAAAUACCACUCACAGCUGUAGCAUCAACAAGUAGUGAAGAUGCUACAAAUAAUAAUAGCACACCAAUAGUUGAAGAACCUACAGAGACCAAAAUUGAUGUAGAAAUGAAGUGUGAUGAACCAAGUGUAAGUGUAAGUGAACCGAUGGUCAUCCCAGAAAUAAAGGUGGACGAUGCUGAAAUGACAGAGCUAAAGUUAAGAGAACAAUCAAAGACAGACCCAUUAGAAGAAGACAUAAAGAAUCAAAACAUUGAAACACCACUUAGUACACUCAGCCAUGUCUCGACUGAUGAAAGUAGCUCCGAUUCAACCAGUAAAGAAGAAGUUGAGUCUAAGCACAUUUCAGAAGUGUCAUCAAGUGAAGAAAGCUCUUCAUCUAGUGACAAUACAGAUGGCAACAGUAACUCACCUAAGGUUGAUCAUGUAGAGGUUCAAGAAGAACCAGUCCCCGAUAAAACACCAAUAGAAACUCCCGAACCUACGGAGGUCCAAACGCAAGAACAAGCUCCUCCAGUUAUUGAAGAAACUAAAACUUCCCCUGUUAAAAUCCAGUCUGAUAAUUAUUCAAUUUCUGAUGUUCAGUCUGAACUGCCACAAGUUCCUAUUGAAGAGAAAACAGAAGAAAUACCCAUUCAAGAAACUGACAAGAAAGAAAGUGAGGAUCAAGGUACACAAGAAGAAAAUUCUGCACCACCUGUUGAAAAUGCAGAAGCUUAGUUUUUUGUAACAAUUGUUUGAGGACUCACUUUGUAGAUUGUAGAAUAUCUACCAUUUCAUAGGUAAGCAUCACUUAUUUAGGAUAUUAUUUAAGAUUUUUCACUUUCUGUGCUUUAGGUUUACUCAAGUUGUAUUUCUAAUUAGCAUCCAGAUUCAAAUUAGCAUUUUCAAAUCUCUAAAAUAAAUUCUUAAAUGGUAUAAAUUGAAAACUUUAUAUAAUAUCAAAAUAACCUAAAUCUAAUACAACAUCCAAAUCUAAUAUCCGAACCAGAUAGGUACUAAUAUUUUGUGCACUGGUUGGUUAAAGCUGAAAAUAAUAAUUUAAGGGUAGUAAAAUAAAACAAUAAAUAGCAAUCAGUUUACGUGUAAGUUCCAGAUUACUCAAAGAUGUCAAAUUCAUUUUCUCUUUCUUAAUUGGCAAAUAUGAUUAGUACUUUAUAAUAUCUUGAAUCUGGAUAAUGGAAAUUAGCAAAAUCCUAAUUGUAUUUUUGUAAUAAAUUUAAGUAAUAUGAA